AUGAAGGCCUAUGAGGGGCAGCAGUACUCCACCCUGAAGAGGCAGUGUUUGCAGAGUGGGCUGCUCUUUGAGGACCCCCGCUUCCCCGCCAAAGACGACUCCCUGUUCCUCCACGGGAACCGCAUCGGCCGCGUGGUCUGGAAGCGCCCGCGGCUGUACAAGCCUGCAAUAGAACGCUUUGACCAGUCCAGGUCCAACUCUUCCAUGGUUUGGUACACUUUGCCGAAAAUAUCCUCCCCCUGUCGUAGUCCCUUUGAGACUUUGGAGGGCUGCCAGCUCCUCGUACAUCUCAAAGUUUGCAAUAACUCCACGAAUACAAAUGAGCAGCUGCGCGGUGUCCUGCACGUCCGUGCUCUCAUCCAGUGCUAA